GAUUAACCCGCUCUGCAACACCGUUCUGCUGUGGUGUCAUCCUGACGGUAUGAUGCCGACCAAUACCCUCAUCUGCACAUAACUGAUUAAACUCCUCUUUGCAAAACUCUAGCCCAUUGUCUGUUCGUAGCUUCUUGAUCUUCCUACCCUGUCGAUUCUCCACUAAAGCUUUCCAUUGCUUAAAAGUUUUGAAGGCCUCAUCCUUUGACUUAAGCAACCUAAGCCAUGUGUAUCGGGACUUGUCAUCUAUAAAAGAUACAAAAUAGCGGAAACCUCCCAUACCUUCAACUCUAGAUGGACCCUAGCAAUCUGAAUGGAUAUAAUCAAGCACAUCAUCAGUAAUGUGAGCACCCUUGCUGAACUUUGACCUGUGUUUCUUCCCAAACACACAAUGCUCACAAAAUUCAAGGUUGGCAACCUUGAUCCCGGAUAGUAGACCCCUCUUAGCCAAUAGCUGCAUUCCCUUCUCCCCCAUAUGACCAAGCCUCAUGUGCCAAAUCUUGGUCAUAUCCUGGUGAGACACCGAUGCGCAAACCGCAGAACUAGACAGUGUGACACCCUCAAAGACGUAGAGGGUGUUCCUCUUGAUACCCUUAAGUACCAACUCCGAACCUCGAUAAAUGGACAACUCCCCAUCCAAAAACACUCCAUUGUACCCCAAAUCAUCCAAAGUACCUAAUGAAAUCAGAUUCUUCCCCAAAGCAGCGACAUGCCGCACCCUAGUUAAUGUCAACUUUCGCCCAUCACUAGUCCUCAAUCUCAUAGACCCAAUACCCGUAACCUUACAAGGUGCAUUGUUACCUACAAUAACAUUGCCCCCAUUGCAAGACUCAUACGUGUCAAACCAGUCUCGACGCGGACUCAUAUGGAACGAACACCCCGAAUCUAGAACCCAAUCAUCAGAAAGAACCCCAGACUUAGCAGAACUUACUAAUGCCAAGUCUUCCUCCGAAUUAUAGUUCUCCUUCGGUUUUUCCUCAACUACAGCAGCUUGGGACUUGCCCUUCCUCACUGGACAAUUUGCCCUAAAGUGACCCGGUUCCUUACAGUAAUAACAGGUCUUCCCCGCAGUCUUACCAGAUCCCUCUUUGCCGUUUCCAACACCCGACCUAGUAUUGUUGCCCUUGUUAACCCCUUUCUUCUUUUUAGAUUUUCCGGACUUAACAAACAACCCACUACCACUCUCCCCGUUAUCACCUAUAGCUUUCUGACGAAGUUCCCUAGUAUGAAGUGCUGCCUUCACUUCUUCUAAGGUCAGUGAGUCUUUACCAACAACAAAAGACUCAACAAAAUUCUCAUAGCUAGACGGUAGAGAUACAAGUAAAAUCAACGCAGCAUCCUCAUCAUCUAUUUUAACAUCUAAGUUACGCAAAUCUAGUAAAAUAGAGUUAAGUUUUUCAAGAUGUUCCCGUAAGGGAGUACCUGACUGCAUCCGGAGGCUGAACAACCGCUGCUUCAGCAAUAACUUGUUGGUCAGCGACUUAGUCAUAUACAAUGACUCUAAUUUCAUCCAUAAUUCCGCUGCUGUAGCCUGAUCAACGACCUCCGUGAUGAUAUGAUCAUCCAGACUUAGCAAAAUGGUAGAAUGAGCCUUUUCCUCCAUUACUGCUAAUUGCCCGUCAGUUAGUCCGUCUUCCGACCCCGCAGUAGUACUCUUUAGAGCCAACGGACGCCAGAUUUGCUGCUGUUUCAACAGAGCCUUCAUCUUUAUUUGCCAUAGCCCGAAGCUAUUUUUCCCGGUAAAUUUUUCGAUUCUUAUUGUAGAAUCUCCAGCCAUUGUUUCACUCAAAAAACUCUCCAAGGACUUAAACCUGAGCUCUGAUACCAAUUGUUGUGCGACAGCGGAAGCAAGGUCGAUUAACAAUAAUGAAACAAUAAGAAAUUCAAUGCAGACAAUAAGAAAAUGACACGAGAGAUUUAACGUGGUUCACUAUCAAUGUGAUAGCUACGUCCACCGGCACCGAGAUCAAAUAAUUUCACUAUAAUCGCAAAGAAUUACAAGAUGAAUUACAAUCACGCUCACAAAUUAUUGGCUCUCUUGUGAUCUCUCUCCCAAUUUGUGAAUCAUAUCUCUUAUAACUAAUAAGAGGGUGUUUAUAUAGUAAACCCUUUGUGAACGAUACUUGGGUAUCAAAGUAUCCACAAAUAACCGACCACAAAUAAAGGUAACCGUCAAAAAACCCACGAAAAACAAGAUCCGCAAAAAACGUAAAGGAGCUCGCGGGCCGUGCAUGGAGUCGCGAGCCGCGACUGUUUUGUAUCCCAAAACAGUAGCUUUCUAUUCUCCACUCGCGGGCCGUGCAUUUCUUCGUGAGCCGCGACGUCCUUGAUCCCGAGUUCGAGGCAUACUAACAACAGCUUUGGAAAAUUAUUGUGAAAUGAAUAUUGAGGGUCUAUCACUCUAUAGAGUUGAAAACGAUGGCAAAAUUUCCUGAUGUUAUGGCUCGGAAUGGGAAUUACCGAAGUGAGUUACGGGAAAGUAGGGGAAAUGAAAUCAGUCGAAUUCCCGGUACAAAGUUUACGAAGUAUCCUUUUGGGGAUUGUGUGAGAGGUGACGUUGAGUUGCUUGACAUACUUCGUCGCUAUGUAACUAAUCAAUUGUCAAGAACCAACAAAUUUCGACCUUUUAAUUUCACGAGAUUCACAAUUGGAGAUAUCAAGAAAUAUUAUUGCUCCAACAAUUUGUCUGAGUCCCCGAUAUUCUUCUUAUCUCAUUGGGUUUUUCACCCAACGAAGUAUGCUGCAACUGACUAUUCUCAGCUAUUUAGAGAUAAAUCUGUUAUAACAUACACCUGGAGAAUGGUUCCAAAUAGCAUGAUUGACAUAUAUAAACCCAGUGUAGAGGGUAUGGUGAAUCAAGGGUAUCGGGUGAAGUACCGUCUCUACGAAGCUAAUGAAAAUGCCUUGGAUUUUGAAGAGCAUCCGCAAGAAACUGUGUUGUAUAUGUAUUGUUUGUUGGGUAGAGAAUAUGUUGAUCCUGUUAUAACUUGGAACAAGGCGUCAAGUUGGAGUUUGUGUAAGCUGACGGAGGAUCGGGAAUUCCCUCAACCAUGACCAUUACCUGUUUUGUUGCUAUAGGUUAUUUUUGCGGCGGUAUUUCUUCUAAUUAGAGAAAAGAGAAGCUCAUGAUCAAGCAAAAUAAAUAAAAAAAGAGAUGACAAUAACAAAAUUAUCUUUGUUGCCUUCAACCAAAUUUCAAAUUUCAGCUUGCAGAUGUGUUAACCAAAAUCUUACCUUCAGCACAAUACAAAAUAUUGUUGGACAAACUAGGCAUGGUUAAAACCUAUUCUAGUUUGAGGGGGAUGUUAAGAAUAAGAAUGAUCCCAUAUGAACAGGCUGCAAGUGUUCUGUGUGCUGUGUGCAGCGGCUAUGCAAAUGAGAAGUCCUCUGUGUGAAGUCCUCUGUGUGCAGCCAAGUGAAGCAAUUGUAUGUGCAGAAAAUAUAUGCAGUAUGCAAGGUGCAAGAAGGAGGAGGAAGUAUGUGCAGUAUACAAGGUACAAGAAGGAGGAGGAAGCUGAUACAUGCACUUCACAACAGUAGCUAGAUAUGGGCUGAUCAGAGGCCCUUAUAUCAGUUGUAUUUGUCAUAGUGACAUUUGUAAAUAGGCUGUUAUAUGUUAAUUAACUUUAGUUACCAGUUAGUUAUAACUAACUCAAGUUAGUUAUUUUAUAACAACCUAAACAUAUCUGUAUAUAUAUGUAAAGACCUCCUAUGUACAGAAUAUUGAUUCAAGAAAUGAAUUACACUUUGUUCUCAA